AUGGCGGCCCGAGGGCCCAGCGACGGCGUCGGAGAGGCGGAGGGGGCGGAGCGGUCCACGGGCGGAGCGGAGCGGGAGAGCGGAGCGGAGGGGUCCGCGGGCGCAGCCGUGCACGGGCCUGGCCCAUGCCCGUGCCACGCCAUGCAGGCUGGUCUGACCCUGGACGCGAGCUACCGGUGGGCGCACGGGGUGGAGUGCGUCGACAAGGAGCUGGGCCUGGGCUGCACGACCACCAAGGACUGCCAGCAGGACGGCAGCUGGAACGAAGAGUUGUGCCCCGACCCGAUCGGUUGCGGGAAGAGCUGCGCCAUCGAAGGCGUCACCAUGGCCAGCUACACGACCGACUACGGGGUGACCCCUGCAACGAAUGGCGUGGAGCUGAAGUUCGUGACGAAGCAGGCUGGUGGCACCAACGUGGGCUCGCGCUUGUAUGUCAUGGACGGCGAUGACAAGUAUAGGAUCUUCCAUUUGAAGAAUCGCGAGUUCGCGUUCGACGUGGACGUCUCCCAGCUGCCCUGCGGCCUCAACGGGCGGGGCGGGCCCGGGGCGUGCUGCUCUGUGGGGUUCCCGCUCCUGCUGGGCGCCCCCCCCCCGCGCGUAAGGGAGCUGGCCAUAGCUGUCGCGGCCUUGGCCGCAGGCCGAGUUUUGAUCCACGGCGACCAGCUGACACAGCAGCUGGCCAAGGUCUUCGUGACCAAGCAGCUGAACGAGGUCUUCGUGACCACGCAGCUGAACGAGGUCCACGUGACCACAGACAUGCAGUACGAGGUCUACGUGACCACCGACGAGCAGAACGAGGUCUCCGUGACCACAGACAAGCAGUACGAGGUCUACGUGACCGCAGACAAGGAAUACAAGGUCUACGUGACCACAGACGAGCAGGACGAGGUCUACGUGACCAUGGCGGAGCCUGGCGCGGAGUGGCAGGGCUUCGGGCUGAAGCCACCGACGUUCGACGGCCACGGAGAGACGUGUGUCAUGACGGCAGUUCUCAAUAUGAAGGGAUUCCCUUCGGACCUGGCGGGGUGCGAGCAGUGCCGCUCGGACUGGGAGCGCUACAUCAGGCGCUGCGAGACGGCGUCGGGAGAGGUCUUCAAUACUGGAGUCACUAAGAGCCUCUACCUACAGAAGGCGCCGGACAGUCAGCCUGGGAUAUGUCAGGAGUACCUGGGGCAAGGCUAUGCUACGAAUGCGGCCAGAUGGGGGCGCUCUGCAUGGGAUUGCCGGCGUCGGAACGAGAGCCCCAACUACGACAAGGGCAAGCAGAAGGCCAAGAACGGGCAGAAAGGUGGGGCGAACAAGAUCACGACGUACGACGGCUGGAGCAACAUCAGCACGCCACCACCAGAGAGUCCAGCACCCUCGGCAGCAGGACCUUCAGUCAGUCAAGUGGGAGCAGGAGUUCGAGCGAUCACCACGAUAGACGGGCGCGCGGCAGAGUGGGAAAGUGGCUUCAUCUUCGCAGCAACGAAGGUCUGGAAGCCAAAGGUGGUGCAGGAGAGAAUUAUCUACAGCAUGAUGGGGGACGGCAUGUGGCGCUCGAUCUGGAUGCUGACGCAGCGCGACCAGGUGACGAAGACGAAGACGGAGCCGCAGUCCAGCGAGCACUGGCACCAGGAGAGCGGCAGCAACCGCAGGGACCAGUGGCAGUUCCCGACGAUCGCGAGACGGUGGAACCAGAGACAAAAGCCAGUGGACAUACCUGGACCUCCAGAGCCAUUUUCAGAGGAGACCGAGAGGCAAGAGAUGGCGCACUCUUCAGCCGAACCACGGCGCGAGAUCUGCAUCCAGGCGAAGGCCAGCGACAUAGCCCACAAGAAGAUGCAUAGGCGCGACAAGCGGAUCUCACUGCUGAGCGUCGAGUACGGCCAGGCGGGCGUCGACGGGGACCCCGCCAACUUCGAUUUCGUAGCGGGCCGCGACGCUUCGACAGCGAGCAUUUGGAGUACGGCCCACUUGCUCAGGUACCAGAAGCCCACCGUCGCAUUCGGCGAGGCAGUGGUCUGCAGGAGGCCAGGGGCCCAGGUCAAUAAGCUGGAGCUGCCGCGGCUGGAGGGCAUCUGGCUAGGGCGCGACGCGAGGGCGCACGAGCACCUGAUCGGAACGCCGACGGGGGCGCGCAGGCGCCCCAAGCGAGAGCGAGAAGGCGAAGAAGGAAGCGAAGGCAAGAAGUCCAGGGUCACUACCAUCCAGAUGAUCAGUGCUGUCAGGGAGAUGUGCGAGGAGCCGCAGGUGGAGGACGAGGAGACGCACGUUCUGGAGGGCGAUUUCAUGGAUGCGACUGCGAGGAAGGAGCGCCUGGAUAAUAUCGCGGGAGACGGCGAGAAGAUCGCGAAGGCAACCCCGAUCAAGGACGCGACGUCCAAGAUCUCGACGGGGGCGUGGGUCGACACCUACCGGGCGGAUGGCAGCGAGAAGAGUCGGUGGGCCACGAGGGGUUUCGAGCAGCAAGUGCACGGGCGCGAGAAUUUCGCGGCCACGACCCCCCCCCCACUUCCGCACCUGAAGGCGAUGCUGGUCAACGCGGAGUUGCACGGCCACGCGGCGGCGUUUGGCGAUUGCAGUGGAGCGUUCUACCAGGCACCCCUCACCGAGGACCGCAUCUUCCUUGAACCACCACCAGAAGCAGGAGUACCUCAAAGACAUGUUCGGGAGGCGCUGUGCGCAUUUCCAGGGCUCAGAGGAGCACCGAGGGCUUGGGGGGGCCACAGCGCGAGCGCCAUGGAGAAGCUCGAUAUGUUCAGGGGCCACUACGGCGGGUGUCUCUUCAUGAAGCUGAGCAACAAGAUGAAGGCAGGGAGGCGCGCCGACGACUUCCUAAUCACUGGACCGAGCGACGACGUUGACAAGUUGUUAGAGAACGGAGAUCCGGCGACGUUGCCGAGCAUGCAGGUGGAGAAGGUCGAGGGUGGCUGCACGAUCAGCGGCAAGACGAGCUUGAUCGACGACAUCCUGAAGGAGCUGGGCUUGGAGACGGCGAAGCCAUCAGCACUGCCCGAGACCAAGAACGAUAUGCUAAUGAAGAACGACGAGGCGAAGCUCGACACGACGGGCCACAGUCGCUACAGGACUUGCGUGGGGAAGCUGCUACAGUUGGCGAGCCACCGCCCUGGCAUUCAACAUGGAGUUGGGAUUCUAAGCAGAGGCAUGUCAGGACCGCCGGAGAAGGACCUGAGGAGUUUGAAGAAGAUGGUUCGGUACUUUGCAGGCACGCGAGACUACAAGAUGCAGUUGAUUCCGAACAGAGGAUGUAUUCCAGUGGAGUGUUGGGUGGACGCAGACUGGGCCGAUGACAAGACGGACGGGAUCUCGACGAGUGGCGGCACCCUGAAGUACCGCGGAUGCACCGACCUGUCGCGGUCAAGACGCAAGGGCUGCGUGGCACUGAGUUCGGCGGAGAUCGAGCUGUAUGCGCUGGGGUCGGGGGCAGCGGGGGCUCUCGGACUGGCGCCACUACUCGAAGAGUGGAAGGAGAAGGCGAUACCGCUCGUGAUGAGCGACAGCAGCAGUGCGCUUCACAUCGUGCAGAUGCGCAGGCCAGUGAAGAUGAAGCACGUGGAGAUGCGCUUCCUGGCGCUGCAGCAGUGGAGAGAACAAGGGCGACCGAGCUUCGGCAAAGUACGCGCUCACGAGAACCCGAGCGACACGAUGACCAAGCCAAUGACCAUGGAGAAGCUGGAGAAAUGCUCGAAGAUGACUGAGCCAUUUUCAGAGGAGGUCGAGAGGCAAGAGAUGGCGCGCUAUUCAGCCGAACCACGGCGCGAGAUCUGCAUCCAGGCGGAGGCCAACGACAUAGCCCACAAGAAGAAGAAUAGACGCGACAAGCUGAUCUCACUGCUGAGCGUCGAGUACGGCCAGGCGGGCGUCGACGGGGACCCCGCCAACUUCGAGUUCGUAGCGGGCCGCGACGCUUCGACAGCGAGCAUUUGGAGUACGGCCAUCAUUCCGAAUGGCCGAGGCGACGUCUAUGCAGUGGCCUCGGCGGUUUCGUGGCUAGCUGGACUGGGGCACUCACGAGUGGAACUACACGCGAGAGGAGCAUCCGAGUUCCCACUCACCAUGGCAGUCAGGGCCAGGGCGAUCAAAGACGGCAUCUGCGAGACGAUCCUCAUGGGGCAAUCGGGCAGAUCCAACAGCCAGGCGAACGGCAGGGCCGAGAGGGCCUUCAGACGGUGA